AUGAACGACAUACGAUACCAGGACUUUGUCCCCUACUAUUCAUCUUCAUCUUCAAGUUCCAACCCAUUUAGGGAUUUUAUUGACGCGUGUGGGGAUAAUCCGACAAAAAUACAAAAGGCGUAUGAGGCUCAUCGAUCCAACCGAAAUGCACAGUUCAAGGAUCGACUCUUGACUCCCGGCUUUCGUGAAUGGAAAUUUGAUGAAAUCCUGGAGAAUGUCAUAAAGGCGGAUCAGGGUCUCAUUGAAUACGAAGAUCCGAGAAACAAUUUUUCAUUCUGGGCAAGACCGCCAAAGCAUAUCCGUGAGCUGGUCUACGAUAUCCAGCAAGAGCUCGCAUCUCUGAUUUGUUUUUACAUUCCAGGCCUCUGGCUCACCCCUCAAGAGGAUCUUCACAUGACCACCUGCGAGAUGCUCUCUUCACAGUCAGCUAGCAAGAUGGAUGAAGUGGUUCCUCUGCUUGAAAAGAAGCUUCCUCUUCAGCGGAUUGCGAGCUACACGGUUAUUCAGAACCCCCGCCUUGUUCGCCCGAUCGUUAGUUACGACGAUACAGCUUUUGCUUUGAGCUUUAUCCCCGCUGCUGAGAGCGACAAAGAUGAUUUUACUUAUCAUCAUCUGCGACGAAAUAUCUGGCAUUUUGCUUCGACUUGGUCCGAUUAUAGAUUUGAGUCUCGAUACAAUGUCCCCUCGGCCCACCUAACUAUGGCUCGCUUUGCUGUUCCUCCAGGUGCUGAUAAAUCAGAGAAGCUUGACGACCUCUGUGCUAGAACGGCUGCGAUAGUUGAAAAGAUUGAGAAUAUUAACCAGCAGCUUACGUCAAAUGAUUGGGGACGAUUUGGAAGUUUUUCGCGGGGAGAGUGGAUAUUGGGACAUGAACGCGGACUUGAAGUGAACAAGGGUAGAUCAUGGUAUGGGAAAGGAGAGGCUUUGCUGCUGCUCCCUCAAGUCCCCGUCCGAGAUCCGCUGCGAAAUCUUUUCGACAUUGUCAACAUUCCCAAAACCCGCCGGACCUACUGCAAGGGCAAGGAGUGCCACAAGCACACCCAGCACAAGGUCACCCAGUACAAGGCUGGCAAGGCCUCCCUGUUUGCCCAGGGUAAGCGUCGUUAUGAUAGAAAGCAGAGCGGUUACGGUGGUCAGACCAAGCCUGUCUUCCACAAGAAGGCUAAGACCACCAAGAAGGUUGUUCUCCGUCUUGAAUGCACUGCCUGCAAGGCCAAGAAGCAGCUUGCCCUGAAGCGCUGCAAGCACUUCGAGCUGGGUGGUGACAAGAAGACCAAGGGUGCUGCUCUUGUCUUCUAA